UUCCCUUCCACUCGUAGCGCGCCCUGUGAACGGAUAAACCUGCUGCUCCUUUUCUCUCUUCUCUCUCAAAGCUCUGAAACUUCAACCGACGAAAAAUACAACAAUAAUCGAAAUGCUGGCAAGCUCUAGCGGCGUACGAAGCACGCCGUGCUAUGCUCAGCUGUCGCAUUUCACUUUCUCCCUCCGCCUUUCAUCUACAAACCGACCUCGCUUUCUUACUCCUAAAAAAUCCUCCAAGUUUUGCUCUCUCUCGCUGCUUUUAUCCGGAAAUAGCGUCGGAUGUAACCGCUUUGCCGUUAGAGCUUCGGCCGAGCCGGAGGUUUCCGAGUCGAUUACUGCUGCUGCUGCUUCCGGUUUACUGCAACCUGUUUCUGUCAAAAUUCCUUUCGGAGGUAGAGAGAUUCUUAUUGAGACAGGUCAUAUAGGGAGGCAAGCUAGUGGUUCUGUGAUGGCAACUGAUGGAGAAACAAUUGUAUACACAUCUGUUUGUUUAUCAGAUGUUCCAAGUGAGCCUUCUGAUUUUUUCCCCCUUAGUGUUACUUAUCAAGAACGUUUUUCGGCAGCAGGUCGGACUAGUGGUGGUUUCUUUAAACGAGAAGGGAAGACAAAGGAUAAUGAGGUUCUUAUUUGUCGGAUGAUUGAUAGGCCAUUGCGUCCAACUAUGCUCAAGGGAUUCUACCAUGAAACUCAGUUACUAUCUUGGGUUUUGAGUUAUGACGGUUUGCAUUGCCCAGAUGCUUUAGCAGUUACUGCAGCUGGUAUAGCAGUAGCUCUUUCAGAAGUUCCACACUCUGAAGCUAUAGCAGGAGUUCGAGUUGGUUUGCUUGGUGAUAAAUUUGUUCUGAAUCCAACAAUAAAGGAGAUGGAAGACUCAACACUAGACCUAUUUUUGGCGGGCACAGAUAAUGCUAUAUUAAUGAUAGAGGGCUAUUGUGAUUUUCUUCCUGAAGAAAAGUUGCUUGAAGCGGUACAAGUGGGGCAGGAUGCAGUGAGAGAAAUCUGCAGUGCUGUGAAGGCUUUAGUCAAGAAGUGUGGGAAACCCAAAAUGCUUGAUGCUAUCAAAUUGCCACCACCUGAGCUUUAUGAGCUCGUGGAAAAAAUUGCGGGUGACGAAUUGCAUAAUGUGCUUCAAAUUAAGAGUAAAAUACCAAGAAGAAAAGCCAUCUCAUUGUUAGAAGAGAAGGUUAUAAACAGAUUGACAGAUAAGGGAUAUAUCAGCAUAGAUGGCACAUCAGGAUCUGUUGAAACAAUACAAGACUUAAUUGAUGAGGAUGAUGAGGAUGAAGAAAUUGUUGUUGAUGGUGAAGUAGAUGAAGGUGAUGUACACAUAAAGCCGGUUUCUCGAAAACCCACUCCAUUGUUUACUGAGGUAGAUGUGAAGCUGGUAUUUAAGGAAGUUUCAUCCAAAUUCUUACGGAGACGUAUUGUGGAGGGAGGAAAAAGAAGUGAUGGGAGGUCCCCAGAAGAUAUACGUCCAAUCACAUCAAGAUGUGGAUUGCUUCCAAGGGCACAUGGAAGUGCUCUCUUUACACGUGGGGAGACACAGUCAUUGGCAGUGGUCACACUUGGUGAUAGACAAAUGGCACAAAGGCUAGACAAUCUAGCAAGUGUAGAGGAAUUCAAGAGGUUCUAUCUUCAGUACUCAUUUCCUCCAUCAAGUGUUGGAGAAGUCGGACGAAUGGGAGCACCUAGUAGAAGAGAAAUUGGACAUGGAACCCUUGCAGAGAGAGCUCUUGAGCCAAUAUUACCUACUGAAGAUGAAUUUCCUUACACUAUACGAGUUGAAAGUACCAUUACUGAAAGCAAUGGUUCCUCAAGUAUGGCGUCUGUUUGUGGAGGUUGUUUGGCAUUGCAAGAUGCUGGUGUUCCACUAAAAUGCUCUAUUGCUGGGAUUGCGAUGGGUUUGGUUUUGGACACACAUGAAUUUGGAGGAGAUGGUACACCACUUAUUCUUUCUGACAUUACUGGAGCCGAAGAUGCUUCUGGAGAUAUGGAUUUCAAGGUUGCUGGAAAUGAAGAUGGCAUAACUGCAUUUCAGAUGGAUAUAAAGGUAGUAGGGAUAACCUUACCUGUUAUGCAAGAGGCACUCCUACAGGCAAGGGAUGGGCGCCGACGUAUUCUUGCUGAAAUGAUGAAAUGUUCCCCUCCCCCUACAAAAAGUCUCUCAAAGUAUGCUCCACUUAUUCAUAUCAUGAAGGUUGCUCCAGAGAAAGUUAACGCUAUUAUAGGUUCUGGUGGGAAAAAGGUGAAAAGCAUUAUUGAAGAAACUGGAGUAGAGGCUAUUGACACACAAGAUGAUGGAAUUGUAAAAAUAACUGCAAAAGAUUUGUUAAGUCUGGAGAAGUCCAAAUCCAUUAUUAGCAGUCUGACAAUGGUUCCAACUGUUGGUGAUAUUUACAGCAGGAAUUGUGAGAUCAAAUCAAUAGUUCCAUUCGGCGUUUUUGUUGAGAUAGCUCCAGGGCGAGAGGGACUUUGCCAUAUUAGUGAGCUGACUUCAGACUGGUUGGCCAAGGCAGAAGAUGCUUUUAAAGUCGGUAAUCGUGUUGAUGUUAAACUUAUCGAGGUUAAUGAUAAGGGACAACUUCGCCUUAGCCGCCGUGCACUUCUUCCUGUUCCUGAAACAAGUUCAGAGGAUCCCAGUUCAAAGCAGCUUACCGACAACAAAGCUGAAGUAGUUGGUGGUGAUUCUUGUAAAGCAUCUGAUGAAGGUACACCUAAAAAACAUGCGAGUGUACCCAAGGCAGAUGGUUUACCUGAAGAGAAGAUUGAACAGACCAAGGUUAAAAGUAGCGCAACCAAACUUGCAAGCUCGUCCAAAAGUAAUUCUGAAGAGACCUCUCUACUCCCACGGAAGAAGGUUUUUAAGAGAGUAAAGAAGAGCAGCAGUAGAGCUGUCACUGGUAUCUCAGGUAAAGACGGAGAGUAGUCAAUAAUCAAAUGGAAGUGUUAUUGUGCUUCUAAUAUGUUGACAAGAAUUUCCAUCUCCAAUGAUGGUUGUGCGAAAGGUGACAGAAUUGCUUCCUCACAUAGAAUAAACAGAGGUACAUUCAUCAAAUAUGGAGGCGUGCACUUGGUAUGUGAAAUGUGAUUCAGAAGCUAGUCUUGCUUCCAUAUGUUUAUGUAAGAAGUUUAAGGCCAGGUAAGCGUGGCACAAAUUGGAUCUCAAGUUUUGUUGCAGAAAAUAUACACAACAUUUUGGAUAUUGCAAAGUUUUGAUGUGUUGAUUUUAUGCUCUA